CAAGCGCAGUCGAGUCAGUCGGAGGAGCCGCAGCCUGAUGUGCAGGAUGACACUGGAGGAGCUCAGCGGGGAAAACGCGUCAGAAAGGAUGGCCUCAGUGGUCAAGGCUCUGGAAGAGGUGCUGACCGCAGCUCUACCCCAGGGCUGCAUUACUGUGGGGGUCUAUGAGGCUGCAAAGUCGCUAAAUGUGGAUCCGGACAACGUGGUCCUGUGUCUCUUGGCCACAGACGAGGAUGAUGUCCAGGACGUGGCCCUUCAGAUCCAUUUCACUCUGAUCCAGGCUUUCUGCUGCGAGAACGACAUCAAUAUCUUGCGGGUGAACAACAUGAGGCGCCUCGCCGAGAUCCUGGAGGGAGUGAAACCUGGAGGAGAGCCCAUGGACCUGCACUGUGUAUUAGUCACCAAACCACCGUCCUCUUCGUGCGAGGACCCAGCCCUGAGCAAGCUGAACCGUUUCUGCAAGGACAGCAGGUAUUUGGAUCAGUGGGUGCCGGUCAUCAACCUGCCCGAACGAUGAGACAAAGGAGAACAUGCUGCGCCACACAUUGCACAAGCUACUGCACUGUAUUUGCAUACUGCCUCGGCCGAGUCCCCCUGGAUAACCUUCACGCCAUCAUGAGGAGAGCGACGGAGUGGGAGAGUCGACAGAACGUGUAACGGAACAUGGGAAUAUAGUCUGGAUCCAAAGACGAGGAGAGUGGAUUUUCUUGCAGGCACCGUGGGGGCCAAGAACAGGGAGCAUGACUCAGCAGCGUGUAAGCGAUACUGCUGCCAAGGAAUGACAGCGCCUGCCUUUAGCCAGGAAACAAAAAGACCGUACCGGAAACUGAAUCAUGUGAGUGCUCGUUGGCACUCGAUGUGCAGGAACGAACUGAAAAGAAUGGAGUGUACCCGACCAGGCUAGAUUGGACUGGCCUGAGCACAGCUCAGCAUGAGCAGACUCACAGAUGGACUGCUGAACGAGUUCUCAGCCACAGCUUUGGAACGUACUUCGGAAUUCUGGAGAGGAAUUUUAACUUAUGAUGUUAAUAUUGUCUUUAAUUAUUUCGACUAUUUAAAAGGGAAUUAGAAGAGUCUUUACUGGUUUUAGACAAGAAAAAGCUUAUUCUUUUAUGAAGCUUACCUUUUUUGUGGAGUUUCUCAUCGUUGUUUGUUUGUUUUAAUGUGUUAAUUUAAUGAUUUGUAUUUAUGUUGAAAU